CUGCUCUAGGAGGAUGCAAAACCCCUGACCUCUGUCUGGACAGUGCUGAUUGGCCCUGUGCUGAUCACAUGCACUCUUCCAAGAAAAGAAUAAAAACCUCUCUAGCAAUGCACACUAAAACUGAGCAUGUGCAGAAUGGCUACGGUUCAGUCUGUCUUAUCAGGAGAAGAGGAGGAGUAGAGAAGUCAGGAUCAAAUGGCCUUUUUACACAAUGCAGAGGAUUAACUCCUUAGGUUCCACAGUGAGUAUAACAAGCAUGCUUUACUGCAUAUACAGACUAAUUUUACUGUUGUGGGUUUAG